AGGGGGACAGGACCUGCUGCGAUGUCCACUCCGCUUCUGGAGCUCUGUGGAGGAGACAUGAUGCUGGAAUGAAGUCGAGCACUAUGGGGUUCUCCGGCUUGGCACUCCUGACGCUCCCGGCUCUCCUCACCCUGGUGGGCGUGGUGCACGCCGCCGAGAAGGUUCCCAUCCUGAACAUCGCCGUGAUCCUUGGCCGAACGCGCUUCAUCUCGGACCGGGACAUCCGAGCCCUGUGGAGCAAGGACGACCCCAUCGACGUCAACGUGGUCACGCUGCUGGUCAACGAAACGGAUCCGAAGAGCAUCAUCACUCAUGUGUGUGACCUCAUGUCCGGGACUAAGAUCCACGGCGUGGUGUUCGGCGACGGCACCGACCAGGAGGCCAUCGCCCAGAUUUUGGAUUUUAUUUCCUCGCAGACGCUGAUACCCAUCCUGGGGAUUCACGGCGGCUCGUCCAUGAUCAUGGCGGACAAGGAUGUGAAGUCGACGUUCUUCCAGUUCGGAGCAUCCAUCCAGCAGGAGGCACUGCUCAUGCUGAACAUCAUGGAGGAAUACGACUGGCACGUGUUCUCCAUCGUGACCAGCAAGUUUCCAGGCUACCAGGAUUUCAUCGCUAUCCUUAAGACCACUGUGGACAACAGCUUCGUAGGAUGGGACCUACAGCACACCAUCACGCUGGAUGCAGUGGACGGCGCGGACGGUGGACGAGGUCAGCUCCAGCUCAAGAAGGUGCAGUCGCCAGUCAUCUUGCUGUACUGCUCCAAAGAUGAAGCCACGUACAUCCUGGAGGAGGCGCGCUCUCUAGGACUUACUGGUUUUGGAUACAUCUGGAUCGUACCCAGUUUGACCACGGGCAACCCGGACAUAACGCCUGACGAGUUCCCGUCAGGAAUGAUCUCUGUCUCCUAUGACGAUUGGGACUAUCCUCUGGAAGCAAGGGUUCGCGACGGGCUUGGGAUCAUCACUACGGCGGCGGCGGCCAUGUUGAAAGAGUUUGGUGAUAUUCCUGAAGCCAAGACCAGCUGCUAUGGGCAGAUGGAGAAGGCCAAGCUGCCGCCAAGUGCGCUUCACAAGUAUAUGAUGAACGUGACAUGGGAUGGCCGGGAUUUGUCCUUCACCGAGGACGGCUAUCAGGAGAAUCCCAAACUGGUCGUCAUUGUCCUGAACAAGGAUCGUGAAUGGGAGAAGAUGGGUAAAUGGGAGAACCGCAGCCUGACGCUGAAGUACCCGGUGUGGCCGCGCUUCAACUCAUUCGGCGACACCGAGACGGACGAUAAUCACCUGAGCAUCGUGACUUUAGAGGAGAAGCCCUUCGUCGUCGUUGAGAACGUGGAGCGUCUGACGGGAACCUGCAUGCGGAACUCGGUCCCCUGCCGCAAGCACAUCAAAGAUAAUUCCACUGAAGGAGGAGGAACGUACAUCAAAAAGUGCUGCAAGGGCUUCUGCAUCGACAUCCUGAAGAAGAUCGCCAGGAACGUCAAGUUCACCUACGACCUUUACCUGGUCACCAACGGGAAGCAUGGGAAAAAGAUCAACAAUGUGUGGAACGGCAUGGUGGGAGAGGUGGUGUAUAAGAAAGCCGUCAUGGCCGUGGGCUCGCUGACGAUCAAUGAGGAGCGCUCGGAGGCCAUCGAUUUCUCCGUUCCCUUCGUGGAGACCGGGAUCAGCGUGAUGGUGUCCCGCAGCAACGGCACCGUCUCCCCCUCUGCCUUCCUCGAGCCCUUCAGUGCGUCCGUGUGGGUGAUGAUGUUCGUCAUGCUGCUCCUGGUCACCGCCAUGGCCGUGUUCAUGUUCGAGUACAUCAGUCCUCUGGGUUUUAACAGGAACCUGGCCCAGGGCAAAGACCCGCACGGACCCUCGUUCACCAUGGGUAAGGCCGUGUGGCUGCUCUGGGGUCUGGUCUUCAACAACUCCGUCCCCGUGCAGAACCCCAAAGGCACCACGAGCAAGUUCAUCGUGUCCGUGUGGGCCUUCUUCGCCGUCAUCUUCCUCGCCAGCUACACUGCCAACCUGGCUGCGUUUAUGAUCCAGGAGGAGUUUGUGGAUCAGGUGACGGGACUGAGCGAUAAAAAGUUCCAGAGCCCGUACUCCUACUCUCCACCUUUCCGCUUCGGGACCGUUCCUAACGGCAGCACGGAGAGGAACAUCCGUAAGAAUUACCCUGACAUGCACCAGUACAUGGUGAAGUACCAUCAGACGGGAGUGACGGACGCGCUGGUUAGCCUGAAGACCGGCAAACUGGAUGCGUUUAUUUACGACGCGGCUGUGCUGAACUACAUGGCCGGUCGGGACGAAGGCUGCAAGCUGGUGACCAUUGGAAGUGGCUACAUCUUCGCUACUACAGGUUACGGCAUCGCGCUACAGAAAGGCUCCCCAUGGAAACGUCAAGUGGACCUGGCUAUCCUGGCCAUCAUUGGUGAUGGUGAAAUGGAGGAACUAGAGGCCCAGUGGCUGACCGGGAUCUGCCACAAUGAAAAGAACGAGGUGAUGAGCAGUCAGCUGGAUGUAGACAACAUGGCGGGGGUAUUUUACAUGCUGGCGACUGCGAUGGGUCUCAGCCUGAUUACCUUCGUGUGGGAGCAUCUGUUCUACUGGAGGCUUCGCUACUGCUUCACAGGAGUGUGUUCGGGAAAGCCGGGUCUGCUCUUCAGCAUCAGCAGGGGUAUUUGGAGUUGCAUUCACGGUGUCCAUAUUGAUAUGAAGAAAAAGUCCCCUGAUUUGGAUUUUAGCCCUCAGGCCAACAUGUUGAAACUUAUCAAGUCAGCCAAGCAGAUGACAAACAUGACCACCCUGAGUGGUUCCAGGGUGAGCUCACCCAAACGCAGUGGCGAGUAUGUGCAGACCGCUGGGCCCAUGAUCAUGGACCUGAUGUCAGAGAAAGGCAACUUUGUCUACACUGACAACCGAAGCUAUGCGCAAAAAGAUGUCUAUGCUGACCCCAGUGACAUCCAGAGCUACCUGGCUAACCGACACAAGGACCACAUGAACAACUACAUCUUUCAGGGCCAACACCCUCUUACACUAAACGAGUCCAACCCAAACACCGUAGAGGUGGCUAUGAGUGCAGAUGCGGCUCAGACUGCCGCCAAACCCAGGGCUCUUUGGAAAAAGUCAGUGGAUACGUUACGACAAGGCCAGACACCUGACAUGUUGGUUCCAGACCCCCGUCUGUCCAUGAAGAGUCAGCGCUACCUGCCAGAGGAGGCGGCCCACUCCGACAUCUCCGACUGCUCAAGCAGAGCCGCCUCGUACAAGGAUCCCGAGAACAACAAGCACUCGAAGCCCAAGGACAGCUUAAAAAAAAGAUCGAUGACGUCAAAAUACCCUAGGGAUUGCAGCGAAGUAGAGCUGUCCUACUUAAAAAAUAAGCAGGGCGGAACAGGACGAGAAAAAAUCUACACCAUAGACUCUGACCGGGAGCUGAGUCUGCACUCGGAACCUGUGCACUUUCGAGAGAACAGAGGCCUUGUGGCUAAUGAUUUGGAUUUCCCCGAAAUGUAUUCUGACCACAAUGACAACUACAGGAAAUGCGACCAGCCCAUCAUCCAUUUGAACAGCAGCCCUCUUCAUCAUACUGACGUGGACCUCCUGCCAGACAACGUCUUCAACAAGCAUUACAGCGUAAAGGACAAAAACCCAAGUCCGCACGAGAGCAAUGACCGCUACAAACAAACCCAUUGCCGGAGUUGCCUGUCGAAGGUCCCCAAUUACGCGACAGGACCCUACGGCCCCAUGCGAUCACCUUACAACCGCUGCGAGGCCUGCGUCCACAUGUGCAACCUGUAUGACAUCAGCGAAGAUCAGAUGUUGCAGGAGGCCAUGAUCAGUCCCAGCAUGCAGCAAGACGACUUGUUCAGCCAUUACUGGCCCCAGACAGAUGGGCCGCAUGUGCAGAAGAGGAACAAGCUACGGCUUAGUCGCCAGCACUCUGUCGACAACAUCAUGCUGGAGAAACCCAAAGAGGUCGACCUCAACAGGCCGGCACGCAGCGUUAGCCUCAAAGAAAAGGACCGCUUCCUGGAGGACGGCACAUUUGCGAGCCUGUUCGGCAAGUCCGACAAACUGUUUGGCAGCAGAUCCAUGCUCUUCAACCACAACUUGGAGGAGAGCAAGCGCAGCAAGUCGCUUUACCCCGAUCACACGACGGACAACCCAUUCAUGCAGGCAAUACGGGAUGACGCACGCCUGGUCCACGGCAGGAGCUCGUCUGACAUUUACAAACAAUUUGCUCCUAUCAAAACGAGGAACGAAAACAAUCUGAGGUCCUCUGUGAAGUCCAACGCUUCAUACUGUUCCAGGGAUGGUCGAAUACCCAAUGACUUGUACAUUUCAGAGCAUGCGAUGCCUUAUGUAGCCAACAAGACGAGUGCAUACUCAGCUCCUCGGGUCCUCAGUUCUUCUCAGUUCAGCAAUAGACGAGUGUAUAAGAAAAUACCUAGCCUUGAGUCAGAUGUUUAAUGCUCUGUCGUUGUAUAAUGAAAAAAUUAU